GCGGUUCGGUCAAGCUGCACGCGGCCGCCGUUGCAAGACGGAUCGAGAUUGUGACGCCCCUUCGACCUGCUUUGACGGCAAAUGCGUACUAUGGGUAUUUUCCCCGCCCAUGUGUGUUCAACAUAGUGACUGCAGACGGGAGUUUGGAGGUACCUCGCACAGGUGCUGCGAUAACUCAUGCCGGAGGACGCAGUGUUGCAACCACAAGGACUGCAGAAAGGGUGCAGUCUGUUGCAAUGGGGCGUGCAGUACAGGGAAGUGCUGCGUCCACGCGGAUUGCGCGCACCACAGGUGGACUCGUGCUUGCAGAGGGAGACAGUGCGUUCAGUACUAAUCGGUAGUGAGCCACAAAACAGAGG